AAUGAUAAAAAGGUCUGAUCUUGCCGCAUCUUCGCUCAAGUGAAUUUAUUGAAGAACAAGUUGUUAUUAUUCCAAAGACCCGAUUAGAGUGAUUGCAAAUAUAAAGCAAAACACAUAGCCAACUCGCCACUUCUUCCUUCCUCCUGCUUUACUUUUACCAGCCUUGAUCGAGGACCCACCACAAUCGGCGCAAGCUGCUUUAGCAGACACCAAGACACACGUCCACCAUUACACUUCUCACAACCGCGAUGCCGGGAACGUCUAGGAUACCACAGAGCCUGAGAGAUGGCCUUAUCAGCGUCAAGAGGAACAGACCAACCAGUGUCGUACAGCUUCUCAGCAUUGACCUGCUCCGGAACAUAGUCUUCACGCUCUUUGUGCUACGAUGGACGCGGCGCGCCUUUUGGAAACUUCGAGGUCGUGGACUCCUGGGUUGGCUUGCCGAACUAUACGCUGCGAUGCGGGUCACAGCCUACGGAUGGCUGUUGCGCGCCCCCGGCGUGCGCAACAAGGUGCGGUCCGAGGUUGACACGGCCCUUUCCAAACUCAGCAAGAAGACUCUGCCGCCGCCCGAGGCUCCGCGCUACCUGCAAAUUCCCAAGCAGGGCUGGACCAACGAUGCGGUGCGCGCUGAGCUCGAGUCGCUCGCCAACAUGGACCACACGCGCUGGGAGGAUGGCUACGUCUCGGGAGCUGUCUACCAUGGCGAGGACGAGCUCAUGAGUCUCCAGACGGAUGCGUACGGCAAAUUCACUGUCGCAAACCCCAUCCACCCCGAUGUCUUCCCCGGCGUGCGGAAGAUGGAAGCCGAGGUUGUCGCCAUGGUUCUGUCCCUCUUCAAUGCCCCCGUGGGCGCUGCAGGUGUCUCGACCUCUGGUGGUACUGAGAGUAUUCUGAUGGCGGUCCUGAGUGCUCGUCAAAAGGCCUACAAUGAACGGGGUGUCACUGAGCCCGAGAUAAUUCUUCCCGAGACAAGCCACACUGCUUUCCGGAAGGCUGCCGAAUACUACAAGAUCAAGGCCAAUUUCGUAGCUUGCCCCGCUCCCGAUUACCAAGUCGAUGUGUCUAGAGUGCGCCGCCUGAUUAAUGCCAACACCAUUAUGCUUGUUGGAUCGGCACCCAACUUCCCUCACGGUAUCAUUGACGACAUCUCGGCACUUUCCAAGCUCGCAGUCCGCUACAAGAUCCCUCUCCACGUCGAUUGCUGUCUCGGUUCAUUCCUGGUUCCUUUCCUCGAGCGCGCCGGCUUCGAGACUCGGCCUUUCGACUUCCGGUUGAAGGGUGUCACCUCCAUCAGCGUCGACACUCACAAGUACGGCUUCGCCCCCAAGGGUAACAGCACUGUGCUCUACCGCACCGCUGAGCUUCGCAAGUACCAGUACUUUGUGUGCCCCGACUGGAGCGGUGGUGUCUAUGCCUCCCCUGGAAUUGCUGGCUCGAGACCCGGUGCCCUGAUUGCGGGCUGCUGGGCCAGCAUGAUGGCAGUGGGUGAGGCUGGAUACCUUGCUGCCUGCGUAGAGAUCGUCGGCGCUGCCAAGAAGCUUGUGGACCACAUCAACGCGUCACCCAGCCUGGCUGCCGAGCUCGAGAUCAUCGGCAAGCCCCUAUCCUCGGUCGUUGCCUUCCGCGCGCGCAACCUCAACAUCUACGACAUUGCCGACGCCAUGGGCGAGAAGGGCUGGCACCUCAACUCCCUGCAGAACCCGCCAGCCAUGCACGUGGCCUUCACUCUCCCCACCGCCAAGGUCUGGGAGCGCCUGGCCACCGAUCUCGAGGCCUGCGUCGAGGGUGAGCGCGAGAAGGAGCGUGCUAGGAUCGCCGAGGGCAAAGGCGCCAAGGGUGCAGCCGUUGGCGACUCGGCCGCCCUGUAUGGUGUCGCCGGCAGCUUGCCCAACAAGAGCGUUGUCGUUGAGCUGGCCAAUGGUUUCCUUGACCUGCUUUACAAGACUUGAUGAUCAAUGUUUGUUUUCUUCAGACUUUCUCUUGUGUAGUUGUUUAUUGCUCUUUUUUUGUUCGCUUUUGUAUCUGUCUUUCAUGGCUUUCUACUACUGGCUUGCAUCCCUUUUAUGGGAUCUGUCUUAUGAGCGCGCACAUGGGUAGUCUUUUUGCAUCAUCAGGGCGUUGUCUGUGGUUUCCUUUCAGAAAUGUUUAUACUAUUUUCCUUGUGCCGAAAUUCUUGAUUCUGUCGUAUACUUUUAUCUCAAAAUAGUCAGAAUGAUGAAUAGUGUGCCACUCGC